AGAAGAAGAUUGAUGCGUGUCGAAAGGAAUGCCGGGAAAACGUUUGUAUGUGUGAAUGAGAGUCCAGUAUUAGCAUUGUUUAACUGCUACACGAGCUUACAUACUGUUAACAGUAAAAUAAAAUAUAUUCAGAAAUGGCGGGAAGCGCAGGGGAAUGGUGUCUUAUGGAAAGUGACCCGGGCGUUUUUACAGAGCUGAUUAAAGGCUUUGGAUGCAAAGGUGCACAGGUGGAAGAAAUAUGGAGCAUGGAGCCAGAGAACUUUGAAAAUCUCAAGCCUGUUCAUGGUCUGAUUUUCCUCUUCAAGUGGCAACCCGGUGAAGAGCCAGCAGGGUCCAUAGUUGAAGACUCAAGGCUAGAGCAGAUCUUUUUUGCCAAGCAGGUCAUCAACAAUGCCUGUGCAACCCAAGCGAUCAUCAGCGUGUUGUUAAAUUGCACACAUCCUGAUAUCCAUCUUGGGGAAACAUUGACAGAAUUUAAGGAGUUUUCAAACAGUUUUGAUGCAGCAAUGAAAGGUCUCGCACUCAGUAACUCAGAAGUUAUUCGACAAGUCCACAACGGCUUUGCCAGACAGCAAAUGUUUGAGUUUGAUUCCAAAUCUUCUGCUAAAGAAGAAGACGCGUUUCACUUUGUCAGCUACGUUCCUGUUAAUGGUAGACUGUAUGAGCUGGAUGGACUUCGUGAAGGACCAAUAGACCUGGGUGUGUGUAACCAGGAUGAUUGGAUUGGUGCUGUGCGACCCGUUAUUGAGAAAAGAAUACAGAAAUACAGUGAAGGAGAGAUUCGUUUCAACCUGAUGGCAAUCGUAUCAGACCGAAAGAUGAUUUACGAAAGAAAGAUUGUUGAACUACAGACCCAGCUAACAGAGGAAGAGCCAAUGGACACAGAUCAGAGUGGAAAUCAUCUUCGCUCUAUCCAAUUAGAGAUUGAGAAGUAUCAGCUUCUGAUUGAAGUAGAGAAUCAUAAACUUAAAAGAUACAAAGUCGAAAACAUUAGAAGAAAACACAACUAUCUACCCUUUAUUAUGGAGUUACUGAAGACAUUGGCUGAAUAUCAGCAGCUGAUACCAUUGGUUGAAAAGGCGAAGGAAAAGCAAAGUGCCAAAAAAGUGCAAGGAGCAAAGUAACGCCACACUGUUCAACCUUAUAAAAGUAUAUGCCACGGAAUCACACAAUGCUCAGUUGUCACCUGUAUCACAUAAAAGGAGCACCAGGAAGUGAUGUCAAGCGUGGUGCUUACUGUCAUUUCCUAUAUGUCUGUGCAUGCAUGCGAAGAGAUGUCCAAUGUCUUAUUUUCAUAUAAAUUUCAUUUGUUCAGGAA